AUGGCAGCUAGCAGUAUCCGCUUCGGACCUGGGUGUACGAAGGAAGUGGGCAUGGAUGUGAAGAAUCUUGGAGCGAAGAAGGUCAUAGUCGUGACGGAUGAGACGGUGCGGAAGUUGGAUGCUAUGAAGCAGACUAUUGAGGGAUUGGAGAGGGAAGGGGUACAAUAUGAGAUAUACUCAAAGGUCAGGGUUGAGCCAAAGGACUACUCGAUACGAGAGGCUAUCGACUUUGCGAAACCGCACAACCCAGAGGCUUUCUUGGCUGUCGGCGGAGGUAGUGUGAUUGACACAGCCAAGCUAAUGAAUCUGUAUACCUCAUUUCCAGAAGCAGACUUCCUGGACUUUGUCAACGCCCCUCUCGGCAAAGGCAAGCCGAUCACGUCGAAGCUGAAGCCGCUUAUCGCCAUCCCUACAACAGCAGGUACAGGUAGCGAGACCACAGGCACCGCUAUCUUCGAUCUCGUCGAGAAGAAAGCAAAGACUGGUAUCGCACAUCGCAACCUGAAGCCCACACUAGGCAUAUGUGACCCCAUCAACACCCGCACCAUGCCUUCAGCGGUGCACGCCUCGUCUGGUCUGGAUGUACUAUGUCACGCUCUCGAAUCAUGGACAGCCAUCCCGUACUAUGAGCGCACACCACGUCCCACGAACCCAAUCAAUCGACCUGCUUACCAGGGCGCGAAUCCCAUCUCCGACAUCUUCUCCCUCCAAGCCCUCCGCAGCACGGUCAAGUACCUACCUCGCGCCGUCAAGGAUCCAGAUGACUGGGAAGCACAAUCGAACAUGCUCCUAGCCGCUACACUAGCAGGUGUGGGCUUUGGAAACGCAGGCGUGCAUCUCUGUCACGGUAUGAGUUACCCCAUCUCAUCGCAGAACCCAGGCUAUCAACAUCAUGGCUACGACGUCACAUUCCCUAUCAUCCCUCACGGCGUCUCCGUGGCCGUUACAGCCCCGGCAGUCUUCAAAUUCACCGGUCAUUCGAACCCGGAAAGGCAUUUGCAAGCAGCAGAGGCUUUCGGUAUUGAUAUUUCCAAUGUCAAAGCCGCAUCUGCUGGUGAAGUGUUGAGUGAGGCAUUGGCUGAGUUCUUGACCAAACUUGGUGAUCAGCCACGCGGCCUUAAGCAUCUCGGCUUCAAGAACGAGCACAUCGAGGGGCUCGUGGAGGGCACUAUUCCACAGGCACGAGUGCUGAUGUUAGCUCCAAGUUUGGACACGAAUGGUGGGGAGGAAGAGAGAGAACAGCUACGUACGCUGUUUGAGAACGCUAUGGAAUACUAG